GUGAAAUCGAAGGCGGUGCAGAAAUUAAACAUGGCGUCUGCGGACGAUGGAAGCUCUUCUGGCAUCACUGAUACAGCGUCGGAUAGCGACGACACUUCAGAUCAAGAAGCCGUUCGUUCCAAAUCAGACCACCAACAGGAAAAGGCUUGCCGAUACUAUAACAGCGGUUACUGUCGGGAUGGGAAGAACUGCCGCUUCCUCCACUACUGCAAAUACGCCCUGAAAGGAACCUGUACUAAAGGCACCAACUGCGAAUUCACACACCCUCAAGGUAGAAAGGCGGUCCUUGGUGGAAACCAGAAGACUGAGAGGAAACACACAUCUGGAGGUGUGGAGGCGGGAAACAAAACAGCAGCGACAACGCUCACUGAUGGCCGAUUCUACCAGUGGCAGCUGAAAUAUAAAAAUGACUGGAAGGAUGUUAUUAACGAUCACAUUAUUGAGGCGCAGUUCUCCCUGCCACACAUCAGAGGCAUUAAACUCUACAACACACCGUAUGGGGUUGUGAAUAUAGAUUUCAAGAAGAUGAGAGUGUAUGGGAAGAGACUAAAAGUGAGACGUUUGGAUGAUGGUAAAACCACGUGGCUGUGGUACUGCAAUAUCGGCCAUAAGUGGGUCAAGUACGAUGGGAAGGAUUCAAAGGGGAACCCCAUCCCCGCUAAGAGCUCUGACAUAGAGCAGAAGUUCCAGGCUAACCCAAUGGGCUCGUUCAUUUUCAUCAUCGGAACCGAUACCUUAGAGAUUCAGUACAAUGCAAUGCAACAGGUGAGCACACGGAAAAAGAGGAAAGUCACUCGUCGUCCGAUGUACCGUCAACCCCAAGCAAGAGCCACAGCUGCUGGUGGUAUCUCACCACCCAAUCACUUCAUCUACUCCCAAGCACAAACUCCUCAAUGGCAGUACAAGGGAAACCAUGGAAAAUGGCGUGUAUUCAAGAAAACCGGUGUGUGCUCAACGUCCAGCGAUGACAUUGAGAAAGAAUACCAGCAGAACCCCAGCGGCAGCAUGAUCUUCACUAUCCAGGGGCAGACCUACAAGCUGGACUUUGGCAGUGAACUAUGACCCAGAUGAAUCUCAGCACCACGCACUCGCGUGAGGUCAGACGUGUGCUGUCGUGAGGAGUGAGGACCGAAAGCAGGAAGAAAUCCACAGAUGCAACACUGCAACGCAUGCUGCAGUAUUACUCGUCUUGUGUAUUUCCUGAUGCGCGCAUUCAUCUUGUGCCUUUAAGUUCUUGCCAAAGAGCAUUUUGCUAAAAUCUUUUGAUGUUUGCAACAUAUAUUCACUGCCUGACAAUCUUCUACUCAAUAUGCUGUAUUUGAUUGUUUUGUAUUCAAACAUUUUUACUAUUUGCUGCACAUUAUCAUUAAAAUAGUUUACAGUGUAUCACAUCA